AUUUUAUAGAACAACUGGAUUUCCAGGAGUAAUUGGUUGUAUAGAUUGUACCCAUGUGGCAAUUGUUCCACCCACAACAAAUUUAAAUUUAGUUGAAAAUCAGCAUCCUGAAUAUUUAUACAUAAAUCAAAAAAACUACCACUUUAUUAAUGUGCAAUUAAUUUGUGAUUCUAAACUGAACAUUUUGAAUGUCAAUGCAUUGUUUCCGGGGAGCACACAUGACAAUCAUAUAUGGAAUAAUAGCAAAGUUUUACCAGUUGUUCAAGAAUUACACGAGCGUGAUUUGAAUGAUUACUAUUUACUGGGAGAUUCUGGGUAUCCAUUACAUCAGUGGCUUUUAACGCCAAUAUUAAAUCCAAGUAGUGCAGCUGAAAUACAUUAUAAUACUAAGCAAAUGUAUACAAGAAGCUUAAUGGAACGAUGUAAUGGGGUUCUAAAAGCCCGGUUUAGAUGUUUGAUCAAAGAUAGAACUUUACAUUAUAAUCCUGAGAAAUCAUCAGCAAUCAUAAAUGCUUGUGUUGUUUUACAUAAUUUAUGUAUUACAUACAAUGUACCUGAAUAUAUAUAUGAAGAACUAGAGGAAAAUGACAUGGGAAUAUAUCAAGAAGUUGAAAAUAAUGAUGUAAUUCACAAUAAUCAACAAAAUAGAUAUUUAAUGUUAGGAAGACAGCAGAGAAACAGAAUUGUUCAAGUGUUACAAAAUAGAAUUUGAAUGAAAUAAAUGUAUAUUUAUUUAUAAAUCCAUAGAACAAUAAACAUUUUU